AUGAUGAUGGACGUGCCGCUCGCCGUCUUCGCCAGCGUGCUGGGCCUGCCGCCCUUCCUGCUCGUCGCUGUCUGUUACUGCGUGGCCGUCCACAACCCCAAGAAGCAGGAAUGGAAGUGGCACGCCCUCCACCCCGGGGUCCCAGGGCAUAGUCGAGGCGAGACAGAGGGUGUGAGGGGCCUUCACCCUUCACUGCAUCCCUUCCGCCCAGCACAGCCUCUGAAGUGA